GUUAUUAGUCUGCCGCGUGGCAGCAGCUCGCUCCACGGCUUGGCAUUGGUAUGUCCACUGGGGAAUUGUACCACGCGACGAUUGACUAAGCUCGUUCAGUGUACAGAAUUCUGCGUAAACAUCGUUGUCGCGACCCCGCGACAGGACGGCUUGGCCAUGGCUAGCCCCUCCUCCUCCUCCUCAUCCAGCCGUCCGAUCCGACUCCAAUUCUAUUUUCAGGCCUGAGCAUCGCACCACCAGGCCAAGUGCUCUCUGGUCUAGGUCACAUCAAAGGACGAGGCCUCUUCGGUGCAACUUGAUGCCUGAGAAAGGGGCACCGGUGUUGGUUAUCCAUCCAGCCAACAGGUAAAGGCUGAGAAAUGAGAAAGAAAUGUGCACCAUCAUCGUUUUCAUAAAUCAGCCAUUUCCUGUCUGCCAUCUGCCACUCUGGAACAUAUCUUCAUUCCCAGCGGCUACUAAUAACCUGCACCACAUCUGCUAGUGCUGUAUCAUAUCUCCCACAGAACCUCCGCCAUCCCCCGCCAUUUUCGUCUACUACUACUCUCGCGCACCGCAGUAACCGCUCUAAGCGCCGCACUAAACGCCGCAGUUAAGCGCCGCGCUCACGGUGCAGUGAUUUGAGAAAACCCUGAGGCUCAGCACACUAAGCGCCGCACUAAGCGCCGCACUAAGCGCCGCACUAAGCGCCGCACUAGCGGCCGCUUGAAGCGCUUCCAGCCGAUCAUGAGCUCCGCGCUUUCCGCCGAUCCCGCAAAGGGGAAAGCGGUAGAGCAGUACUGGAACAUUCACGGGUCGCAUUCCGCCAUGGCGACCCGCGAGCCCGCAACUCGCGGCCUGAGCAAAGGCCACUCACAGAAGGAAGCUCAGGUUCGGGCUUGGGAAGAGCUCAGAGAGGAGGUGUCAGCUGAUGGAUUCCUCCAACGCCAGAAUCGACGGCAUCGAUCUCACCUCGCUCAUCGACGAUCUGGAGAUCGACGGUGACGAAGACGACGUCAGCGACAGUGAUUACGAGUUCGGUACAUCGUCGGCAGCGCGUGGGAAGGCCGAUCAGUCACGGGACUCCUUUGACUCGGCGCGCAGUGGCCAGAGUGACUCUAGGAACUCCUUACCGGGGAUGGUCUAUACUGCCGGAUAUGGCUCACCUUCGCUUCCUCACACCGCUCCAGCCUCGCCGUUUCAUAAUUGCCGUUCGAGCGGCAUUAUCGUCCCUUCUGCUUCCUCGGGUUCUAAGGCCUCAACUGCUUCUGCUGCUCCUCGUGCUGCUGCUGCGGCUGCUGCUGCUGGGGCUUCGCCAAUGCAGCAGAGAUUCACACCAGGAGCGAUCUUCAGUAGCCCACAGUACUUGCAUCAACCGAACCCUUCACCUGAAGGGCGUCUGUCGUGUCCGGAUCGUCCCCGCUUCCCAUGGCUUUCAUGCCGCGCCAUUCCAGCCUCAAUUCUCUAAACUCCCCUGCUGCCGCCCCUGCUUCUGCUGCCGCCGAUGCAGCUGGGACGGCCCAUCACGCCAGGAGCAACACGGGCAGCCCGAAAACAAUCUUCAGGUACAGCAUGCAGGGCGGACAGACACCGCCAGAUGGUGCUAUCCCCAAGCAAGGGAAAAACGGGCAGGAGACAAGCAGCACGGAGGGAGAGCAACGAACAUCACGGGGGGGUCAGAAGGAGCUGCAGUUGAUGAGAACUCCAAGAGGCGUGGAGGUGCCACGUGGGCAGCUGUAGGGCACUCUGCUGCUGCUGAGGGAAGGAAGACGCAUGUGAGGGUGAAGGCUGGAGCCAACCCUGCUGCUGUGGAGGCGUAUUUGAAGCUCAAGGCAGAGCGAGCAGGAAGAAGAUGAGGGUGAUGAUGCCGAGUAGUGGGUUUGUUUUGUCCAAUAAGCUAUGAUGUUAACAUUAAUCAUCUUGGCCACAGCUUCUAGUUUGUCAUGUACUGGUACCAUACCACUUACUGACAACCUGG